AUGAAAAGAAUAAAUAGCACAAUCGGCAUGUCGGGAGAGAUUGAACAAGUGGUGACCAAGUUGUUAAGAACGACCAAGGCUUUGCUCGAGGCUUUAACGCAAUGGUCUCACUUACGCGCAACUAAUGGUGAUAUUUUUGAAAUUCACGAUACUCUGGAAAAGCAGUUCUUCUUGGUGUCUCAAGCUUUUGAAGAAGCUAAUGUUUCCAUGAAUGAUUUACAAUGGAUUCCUCGACAAUUACGAGACUCUGUGUCUGUAGCUAUGUUAGAGCCCCCUUCACCUCCUGUGCUUGAUCAAUACUUGCCUCGUAUCCGAGAAGUUAUUGUUCAUUUACUACAUGGAUUAAAAGGCAAACAAGCGUUGCUUCGAGAACGAGAACGAGAAUCUCGCAGCAACAGUAUCAGUAGCAGUAGUGGGUCAAUGCGAUCGAAUACAGACUCAUGGAACCGCGAAGUACCAUUGGCUGCAUUGAACCGAGGUAGUGGAUCUCAACGUAUGAUGAUGUAUCCAGUACCCUCUUCACCACCUUUACCACCCAUGUCUUCGCCCAGAAUGAAUCCCUCAAAUGAGUACGAUCCAUGGUCAGGUGUCAUGCCUCGUCCCUCCGUGCCCACUAAUGACCUCUCAUCUCGCAUCAUGCCUAGAAGUAACUCGAGAUCCUACUCACCACAAAACUCACCCAAGAUACAACAAAUCCCUUUGCCCACCAGAUCCACUUCUUCUGGAAGAAACAAUCAACCACCUGUAGUCACUGCACCUCCUCCCCCACCUCCUCCACCUCCAGUACCCAAACCUGAAGUUGUGCAACAGAAACCUUCAGAAUUUGAUGAAAGUGAUCCUAAUACUGCUAGUGCUUUAGCCGCCUUAAAGCGUCAUGAGAAUUUAGCAAGAAGAUCGUCUGUGAGACGUGCAUCUAUGUUUAGAGGAAAUGGUGAGUAUAAUGGAGGAAGUAUCUCGAGAGGUAAACAACCUUAUUUUCAACCUACCAACGGAGAAGCAACUCAAGUACCUCCCGUUCCCACUUUACCUGUUACUGCAAAUGAACCCAGUCGUUUAAAUACAGUGUCGGAAGAGGCCAAACCCGUGGUAGAACCACAAGUGGAACAAGGAUUGACAUUAUUCCUUCAGAUUGGUAAAGAAGUGCAAAAAGUGCAGUAUCAGGGAGAGAUUAGUAUCUCUGCUUUAAACAUGUUGUUUUUGGAGAAAUUUAGUUAUUCUGUUGGACAAAAUGAUUUUCCCAAGAUUUAUAUUCGUGAUCCAUCCAUUGGUGUGUCCUAUGAAUUGGUGGAUUUAUCUGAAGUUAAGAACAAAUCUGUGCUUUCUUUCAACAUUAAUGAAAAACAAGAAGAAAAGGACUUAUUAUUACAGGUCACAAACACGUUUAAUAAGGAAUUGGAAGAGACUCGUAAAUUGUUUACAGAACAAAUGCAAGAAAUCAAGAAACAAAUUACAGAGGCAUCCGAAAAAUCAGAUGAAAACUUAAAACAGGUCUUAUUGGCACAACCACCUGCCGCUGUGGCGCCUACACCUGAAGAGACCCCCGUGGAAGAAGAGGAAGAGGUGGCAGAAGAACCGGAAGCGGUAGUGGAAGAAAAGAGUAUCCCCAAGGAACAAUACGAGUCACAAUUACUCGAGAUCGAAACGUUACGUCGUGAUAUGGCAGUGCUACGACAAUUGGAACGCGAGAUGCGUGAUGGUACAGCCUCCGUGAUCCAAGAGAUGAAGGAAAAGGCAGCAGCUGUCAAGGAAGAAGCCAUCAAGAACAAAAACAAGGAACUUGUCCAAACUUCCACUGCACGAACCCAUUUGGAGGACGGCAAGAAGAAUUUAUUGGUUAAAUCUGAUAAGGUCACCAGUCGAUUAGAGGAUUUACAGGAUACCAUUGAUCAAUUAAAGCUGGACGUCACACAACGUAAAUGUCGACCCUCCGAAACCAUGAUGACGCAUUGUGCCAAUGAACGAAAGGCACUUGCGCAGGAAAUUGAGGAAUUCGGAAAGUAUAUUGCAGAGGUAAAGCCUCGAUGGAAGAAGACUUGGGAAUUGGAAUUACAAACUAUUGUGAAAGAGCAGCAGACGUUAAAGGAUCAAGAGUAUUUGUUAUCAGACAUGAAGGAUGAUUUGGAUGCGCUUUUGGAAGUUUUCGAACAGUUGGAAAAGAUUUAUGCGUACCAAGCAAGCACUAGACCUCAGCCUCGUGAAUUUAGAGUAGCUCCUGUAGAAGAAGGAUUCGAAGGUAUGGCCAGUGUGUUUAAACAAGUGGCUACCAUUGAUGUGGAUCAUACACGUCGUUUACGUGCACUUGAACAGGCGGAUAAGAUGAGACAACGUGAAUUAGCCAAUCGCAUCGAUGAUUUCGAAAAAGAACUAGUAGGUUUUGUGGGUGAAAGUAAGUUAAAGAAGACUGGCGGCGCGCUUGAAAUUGAUCGUCUGCGUAAACAAAAGGAUGAAGAAAUGAUGAAGGCCAUGUAUGCUGCUAACAAAAAACCUGCUACGCCAAUUAAUGAAGAAGAAGAACCUGAAGAUCAAGAGGAUUAA